CUCACAUGAAGCGUCUGUGCCGGGCCCUGGUGAGGUGAUUUGCAUAGCGAACGGAGACGCUUACAAGGGGCGUUGAUGCACCUCGAUUCGACGCUCGAAGAAAGGGGCAUAGGUGCCAUGACAGCGGACAUGAUCGUGGCCAGAUCGUCCGGCGACUGGUCGACCAGCACGGGAACGACGAGCGAGGGCGGCCAAGAGUUCCCCAAGGCGACGCACGACCUUUGGGAUGAGUGCAAGCGCAAGCGCGAGGAGGAGAGGAGCGAGCACAUACCUGGCAGCAGAGCCUGGUGGGGGAUCGAGCGCAAGGGCAGCUUCCAGCGCAUCGCAUCAGAAGGGCUGAUCGACGAUGGCGGCAGUGAGGCUGGGUCUUCGACGGGGGGAGCAUCGAGGCUUAUCAAGCGCAUGCGCAUCCAUCCGGAACUCAUGAAGGAGAGUAACGACGGAGGGCCGACAGGCAGCGGACUGAGCACACGUACAAAUUCGCCGGCUCCAAGCGCACGCUUUUCGCCUUUCGCUUCGCGGCCACCGACAAUCGAGGAGACGCAUGACUGGGAACGAGGGGGAGCAGCGCUAACCAGUAAUGGAGUCGGUUACAGCGUUAACGGCGGUAGCGACUCGGCAUUACACACGCAAGCAGACGAAAUUCCGAUGAGCCAAGCGAGCGACACAACGAUGGUCAGCUCAGCAGGGAUAGCCGAGGCGGACGGUAGCGCGUCUGGGUCUUUACAGUAUUUGAACCAACCAACCGGGUUGAGCCCAUCAUUAUCUUCUCGCACCCCGCAGCGGCAACAGCAUGUGUUGGACUAUAGGCUGACCAUUCCUCCGCACAUGACGGGUCAUCCGCAUCCGUACAACCAGACGCCGUACAGCUUCCAGCAGACCUUCAGCAGUGAGAUGCAUGUCGAUUGAGCGAUACCGCCGAGCGCGCUUGCUGUGGCGACCAACGACCUAGCUACCUUUGCGACUGCUAAUGCCCAUCGCCUCGCCUCGUCUCAUCCUCUCGUCGGACAUGUCAAAAUCCAGGUCGAGGUGUGGUAGUGCCCUCACGACGUAACUAGGAAGAUGGAGCGCGGACAUAUGCCCAUAUCUAUGCUGGCCUGACACACUCGCUCCCUGUCCGCAUGCUUUUGCGCUGAGGCAGGUCGUACCGUACGGCGCGGCUGCAGUUUCGCUUAGGUCAGGUCAAGCUGGCACUGGCAAGGGCACAUACACAAACCUGCCUACUCGACCGUCUAUUUCAAUGUCCCAUGGUGCCAUGCGCAACGCAAGCAAGCAAGCCGCCAGCAAAGCAGAGCGAAUCAAGAUAGAAGGCACACUUCAGGCCUUUGCCGCGACGCUACAGCCCAUGUUUUCUGGCAUUCAUGUAUUGCAGGCAUCACGACCAUCGCAC